AAAUUGGAAUCAGGCCCAGGAUUGGAAGAUUUUAUUGUUUCAGGCUCACAAGAAUCAUUUGGCUUGGAUCAAGAAGAUAAAAAAGGAUCAAAUCAAGACGUGGAUGAUAUUCUUUCACGACAAACUAUUGAGGGAAGAUUUAGGAAACCGCAUCAAAGAUUACCAGAAUGGCUUAAAACUAAAAUUCCUGUUGGAGAGAACUAUACAAGGAUAAAAAGUGACCUUCGAGGUUUGAACCUACACACAGUAUGCGAAGAGGCGCGUUGCCCGAAUAUAGGCGACUGUUGGGGUGGUGGUGAGCACAAGACCGCCACUGCAACCAUCAUGUUGAUGGGCGAUGAAUGCACGAGGGGAUGUAGAUUUUGUUCGGUGAAAACAAGUAGAAAUCCUAAACCUCUUGACGUCAAUGAGCCGGAGAAUGUGGCUCAGGCGAUCUCAAAAUGGGGUUUAGAUUAUGUUGUAUUGACUUCGGUUGAUCGGGAUGAUCUUCCAGAUGGUGGAUCAGAACAUUUCGCAGAAACCAUCAAGUUACUAAAAAAAAAGUAA